UGAAAAGAAAUUUGGAAAAAAAGAGUUAUGACCGAGUCUUGUGUCUCUCUCCUCUCUCGCUGCACUUUAUUCUGUUCAAAUUCGAUACUUUGCUGUUCUCUGAGAAUGAAGGCUCCUUGUUUCGAAGGGGGAUCAUAGAGAGAUAGAGAGAGGCUUAUAAGCUUUCCGUCUCUGUGCUUUCUCCGUCUAAAACUUGCUUUCCUUUUUUCUUUUUUCUCUCUCUCUUUCCAUGUCUGCUACAUUGUCUUGUUCUACUUCAGGAAUCUCAUCUCACUUCCACGCAUUAAAGUGUUUGCCUCCCUUGACUAAUUGCACACUCAUAGUUUGUGGGUUUUUGCUUCUUUGCUCUUCCUAGUGUUUCGUAUGCAUAAUAAGCAUUAGAAGUGGAAAUCGGGAAAACCAGUCGGCUGUUUGGUUCCUUUGGUCUAUUAGAGCUUUCUUUGGUUGGUUCAAGAGUUUUCAGUCGUUAGCAAGACACCCAUUUGUUGAUUGGUCUCUUGGUUGAGUUGUUGUUUUGGUUGCAUUGGGUGGUUUCUUGAGUCUAUAUAGAGCAAAGAGCUGUGCUUAUUGGCCUCUUCUCGUUUCAGAACUUGUUGUAGCAAAGACCAGGAAUUGGGGAAGGAGAAUUUCUGAUAUGGGAUUCUACUCCUAAAGUUUCUGAAAAUUUUUGGUGAUUAUUAGAUAAAACCCAUAAACUGGGGAGUCGCGGAAAGUGCAAGAAGUGCUAUAUGAAGUCGUGCUGAAAAAUGAGAGAUGGGAACUCCAAGAAAAGCAAGCUCUCAUGGUCCAAAAAAAUGGUCAGAAAGUGGUUCAAUAUCAAGAGUAAAACUGAGGACUUCCAAGCAGAUGAUGUUUGUGGAGGCGUUGAAGUGGAAUACAGGACUAGCUUCUCUGAAAGGGAGCCGUGCACUAUCAAGAAAAGUAAAACAGAGAAAUUUAGCAAGAAUCCUGAGCAGGUCCGGCUGGGAAGAAUGAAUCUUGACCAUCCUCGAAUCAUAGACGUGCAAAACUACAGCAUUUUUGUAGCUACAUGGAAUGUGGCAGGAAGAUCCCCACCACGUAAUUUGAGUCUCGAUGACUGGCUUCAUGCCUCACCUCCUGCGGACAUAUAUGUUCUUGGAUUUCAAGAGAUAGUUCCUCUGAAUGCCGGUAAUGUUCUUGGUGCAGAAGAUAAUGGCCCGGCCAAAAAAUGGCUGGCCCUUAUUAGAAAGACUCUAAACAAUCUUCCAGGAACUAGUGGCAGUGGUGGGUGUUAUACGCCAUCUCCAAUUCCUGAACCAAUUGUAGAAAUGGAUGCAGAUUUUGAGGGAUCAUCUAGGCAGAAGAACUCGUCGUUCUUUCAUAGGCGAUCAUUCCAGACACCUCACAGCUGGAGAAUGGACAAUGACCCUUCAAUUCCACAACCAAGACUUGAUCGGCGAUUCAGUGUUUGUGACCGAGUUAUAUUUGGUCACAGACCGAGUGACUACGAUCCCAGUUAUAGAUGGGGUCACAGACCUAGUGAUUAUUCAAGACCUAGUGACUACUCCAGACCUAGUGAUUACUCAAGAUGGGGUUCAUCAGAUGAUGAUAAUGGCCCAGGGGAUUCACCCAGUACUGUAUUGUACUCACCAAUGUCAUAUGGUGGUUCCUGCAGUGGGUCUACAUCUAUGGAAGAUGGAUAUAGGAGGCCAGGGUAUUCAAGGUACUGUUUAGUGGCAAGUAAGCAAAUGGUUGGCAUAUUCCUCACAAUAUGGGUCCGGAGUGAAUUGAGAGAUCAUGUUCGCAACAUGAAAGUUUCUUGUGUUGGCAGGGGCUUGAUGGGUUAUCUUGGAAAUAAGGGAUCUAUUUCCGUCAGCAUGUCCUUGCAUGAAACAACCUUUUGUUUCAUCUGUAGUCACCUAACCUCUGGACAGAAGGAAGGUGAUGAGCUAAGAAGGAAUGCGGAUGUGAUGGAGAUUCUGAAGAAGACAAGAUUUCCACGUGUUAACAGUGCAGCUGAUGAGAAGUCCCCAGAAACAAUUCUUCAGCACGACCGAGUUAUUUGGCUUGGGGAUUUGAAUUAUCGCAUUGCCCUUUCUUAUCGAUCUGCUAAGGCGCUAGUUGAGAUGCAAAACUGGAGGGCAUUGUUGGAGAAUGACCAGUUGAGGAUAGAGCAGAGAAGAGGUCGUGUUUUUGUAGGGUGGAAUGAAGGGAAGAUUUAUUUCCCACCCACAUAUAAAUAUUCAACUAAUUCAGACAGAUAUGCAGGAGAUGAUAUGCACCCAAAGGAGAAGCGUCGAACUCCAGCUUGGUGUGAUAGAAUUUUAUGGUAUGGAGAAGGCAUCCAACAAUUAUCUUAUGUACGUGGGGAAUCUAGGUUCUCAGAUCAUAGGCCAGUUUAUGGCAUAUUUUGGGCAGAGGUUGAGUCUAGCCAUGGCCAAUUAAAGAAAAGUACGAGCUACUCCAGUUCCAGAAUUGAGGUAGAGGAGCUCUUGCCAUACUCACAUGGGUACACAGAACUAAACUUUUUCUGAUGGAUAAGGAGAUAGCUAUGACCCACAUUAGGCGGUAAUCACUUUGAAGAAAAAUUUUCCUUGAAGGGUGAUAAAGGCAUUCUGUUGCCCACUAACCGAAAAAGGUGUAAAUUUUUGUAAUUUGGUCAGUCAAUCAACUCCAUACAUCAUCAAAUCAUUGUAACUUCAAAAAUCAAAUGUAGUUAGCACUAACAAACCAGUUUCUGUUUGGUGCAUGAUUCACUAACCCAAUUAAUGAACACCCGACUUUCUGGCAAAGUUUGCUGCUGUAUUUCACAGUCCUUCAAUGAUAUGAUUAGGAUGAAUGUAACUGUCAGGAACUGCCAAGUGGGUGUCCAGGGAAUAAGUUACUAAAUUCUUUCUUAGUUUAGGGAACUUUUUGGUUUUUUGAUGAUUGAAAGAAGAAGAGAGAUGAUGGUCAAUAUAAUCAUUUGGGUAUUUUUCUUUUUGUUUUAUUUAAAUGAGAAGUCAAGUAAAGAUUUGAUGGACAUUCAUUACUAAAGUGAGAAAAAUGGAAAGAAGAAAUAUGAAGUAUUGAAAUUUAUGACAGAUUCCAGAA